AUGCUCUUCUUCAGCUUCUUCAAGACGCUCAUUGACCAGGAGGUCACCGUCGAGCUCAAGAACGACAUCCAGCUCCGCGGCACGCUGAAGAGCGUGGACCAGUACCUCAACAUCAAGCUCGACGACAUAUCCGUCCUCGAGGAGCUCAAGUACCCUCACAUGAGCUCCGUCAAGAACGUCUUCAUCCGAGGAUCCGUCGUCCGUUACGUUCACCUCCCCGCUGCCUCGGUAGACACGCAACUGCUGGAAGACGCCACGCGCAGAGAGGCUUCUACGCAACAAGCAAAGGCCAAGUAA